AUGCCUCCCCCUUUCCGAUCCCUUGCCCGGUCCUCAGCGUCAACUUCUCUUGGGCAGUGCCCUCCCUGUUUUCCUCUCCCUUUCCCCCUGUCCUCCUCUCCCUUUCCCCCUGUCCUCCUCUCGUCCUCCUCUCCCUUUCCCCCUGUCCUCCUCUCCCUUUCCCCUUGUCCUCCUCUCCCUUUCCCCCUAUCCUCCUCUCCCUUUCCCCCUGUCCUCCUCUCCCUUUCCCCCUGUCCUCCUCUCCCUUUCCCCCUGUCCUCCUCUCCAUUUCCCCUGUCCUCCUCUCCAUUUCCCCCUGUCCUCCUCUCCAUUUCCCCCUGUCAUCCUCUCCCUUUCCCCCUGUCCUCCUCUCCCUUUCCCCCAGUCCUCCUCUCCAUUUCCCCCUGUCCUUCUCUCCCUUUCCCCCUGUCCUUCUCUCCCUUUCCCCCUGUCCUUCCCUCCCACCUUUCCUCCCCCUCUCUCACAUCCCUUCCCUUUCCUACUGUCCUCUCCCACCAUUCACGCUUCUCUCAGCCAUCCCUUUCCCCCCUCCCCUGCCCCUCGCCUUCCCCCACUACCGUCCCUUCCCUUUCCACUACAGAGGGGGAGGGGAGAGGACAGGUGGGUGGAGGAGAGGAUAGGGGGAGAGAGACGACAGGAGAGGAGGCACCGAGGGACCAGACAGGGCAGCAGCCAGCGCAGCAGCAGGGACCAGCCGGACGCACAGGCCGUACAGGCACCUCCUCCCGCAUCCCAGACCUCACCUGCCGCGACGUUGGGCAGACUUUGAUGGUUCUUGUGGAUGUCUCCAUAGCGGAUCCACAGCGGGAGGGGAACGUGCAGCUGGGACGGGCGACCCCCACACAGAUUGGAGUGGCAGCAGCUAGGCGGGUGCAGGAGAAGCUGCGUCACUGGGGGCCGCACUUAGAGGGGUUGCAGCCGGCACCACACUUUUACGCGUGCGUGGCUGAGACCUUUGGCCUACUGAGCGAGCCGUUGCGUCAGUUCCUGGGGCUCUGCGCGAAGAGGAUAGCACAGCGGAGGAGGGAUUGGGGAGGAGGGGAUGACGGAUCAGCACGGAUAUUUGAGACAGGACUCACUACACGUCUCUCCGUGGCACUGCAGCGCGCGCAGGCUCGAUGCAUCUUACAGCAUGCGGUGCGGCAGUUGGGGGGAUCCGACGACGGAUGGAUGCCCGCACCCGUCCCACUGGGUGCGGGGCAGGGUACCUGGAACCAUAUCACAGGGCUGCACAUGUCUUACCUUGCUCAGCCCAUUGUCGGUGCGACUGGGGAAGUCGGUCUUGAGCUUCCCCACCGCCCUCCGCGCACCUGCAAUCCCUCCGUCUCCGCGGAGCCGCGCGAGCCGUCAGGAGCAGCCUCAGAUUGUUUCCCCUCUCCCCGCGACCGCGCGUCUCCCGCGGACGUUGUUCCGCCGCUUCCUGGUCAGCUCCACCGCCACGAGUCCGCGCCGUCCGCGCUUUCCGCCUCCGCCUGGUCCGCUCCGCGCGGAUUCCUCCGCCGCGACGCCGCGGAUUUGCGCUGGCAGCAACCCCGCUGGUGGAACGCGCUGACUGCGCUGACCGCGCGUAUCCGCUUAUCCGCUUUCGCGCGGGAUCUGGCGGAAGGGGAAGCGGAGGAAUCUGAGCAGGAGUUGGGUGCGGUGAAGAUGGGUGAACCGUGGGAUUGGCGGAAGGAAUUCGAGGAGGAGGAGCUAGCUUCGCAGCAAGUCGCGGGGGGAUCCGCGCUGCUGGGGCUCGGAUUAGGCGGACUUACUGGCGCAAUUGGCGGAAGCGGCGGAAUCGGCGGAGCUAGCGGUCCCCCCGGGCGGAGAAAGUCGUCGUGGCGGGACUUGGCGGAAGCUUUGGCGGAGGCGUCGCGGAAGGUGCAGGAGGAGGUGCGGGAGUUCCGCAGCAGGGGCGGGGCGGCGGGGGAUUUCUUCCGCGUGGGCAGCUGGCUCGCGCUCGCGGGGGCGGGCGGCGGAGAGGCGGACGAAUGGGUGAAGCGCAUGGGAAGCCAGGCAGCAGUGGUGGCGCUGCUGAAAGCGUCUAUGGAGCUCAUCACUCGCACCGUCACCACUGCUCCCCCUGCUACAGCUGAUACAGCCGCUACAGCUGCUACAGAAACCGGUAGAGCGUCAGACACUCAUGCUACAGCACCUGGGACCGCUUCCGGGACCGUUCCUGCUACAACACACCUCACCCGCCGCAGGAGCAGCAGCAGCUGCAGCAGCAGCUACAGCAGCGGCGGCUGUAGCGAGGACGGGGAGGAGGAGUGGGAGGCGGAGGAGGAGGAGGGGGAGGGGGGCCGGGAGAUGGGGAGAGUGAGGGAGAUGGCGGGGGAGGGGGAAGGGCAGAGCAGAGCGGAGGGCGGGGAGACAGAGGGGCAGAGCAGGGCGGGCGGCAGGGGGGGCGGCAGAGAGGCCAAUGCGGGCGGCAGAGGGGCCGAUUCGGGCGGCAGUGAUGCGUCCACGUGGGUGCUAUUCAGCCUGGCGCGUCUAUGCGAGCCUCUAGAGAGUUUCAUGCGCUAUGAGUUGGCACAGCAGAAGGAGCGCGAAGGGAGGGAGCAGCAGGCUGGGGGGGGAGAGGCGGAUGGUGGGGGAAUGGACGGGUGGUUCUGGGGGAGGGCGUAUCCGGGGACGUUUGAGGCGCUGCUUACGAUGCUCACGCUGCUGCAUCGCUAUGCCAUCACUGCUGCUAUCCAGGACGUGCAGCUAUCCGCUAAAGCCUCUGGGCUGGACGACGGGCUACCCCACCCUCCUCAUGCCGCUCUCUCACCCACCGCCACGUCAGCAUCCCUGACGCCACGUGGCACAUCGGCAGCUGCCCACGUGGCAGGCGCCGCCAGGCUGGCGGACAGUGACAUGGCGCUGUUCCUGCUGCUGUUCCAGAUCAUCGGUGCCGUGCGCUUCUUCGCUCCCCCUGAGGCUGUUGGAUGCGCCGCCUUCUCAGUGUUGCUGGAAGACCAGUUGCGACACCUGUUUGACCACCUACUAAGAGCAGCCGACAUCGAUGACGUGUACCGUCACGCAGUGAGAGCGGGGCUGCGCGCCGAGUUCCUCUCGCACUUCGGGCAGCGCGCGGGCGGGCACCUGAACUUUCGCGUGCUGCCCGGCGAGCGCCGCUUCUGGGUGCAGCUGGUGGAGCGGCAGCUGCGGGCAGCUUUGGUUCGGGAGAAAAUUUUCGAGGAGUGGGGGGAGGGGGAGGGGGAGUGGGGAGGCGGGGGGGAGGGGGGAGGCGAGAGCUUGAAAGCUGAGCUGGCGGUUUUUGGAUUCUUUGUGGCUCUUGGGCGGGCGACACGGCUGUUCCUCCAAUCGGAGGGCGCCAGCGAGGCGGAUGAGGGGCUGGCAACAUUGCUGACUCUCUUCAAGUCUCGCCCCUCCCAGUCUCUUCAAGUCUCGCCCCUCCCAGUCUCUUCAAGUCGAGCCCCUCCCAGUCUCUUCAAGUCGAGCCCACUGUUUGGUAGCAAGCAGGGCCCUCGCUCGCUUCCCCUCUUCCGUUCUCCCCCCCUCCUAUCCCCCUUCCUGGUCUUUGAUCAAUCAUCUUCACCUUCCCAUGACUUUCUCUGUGCCCAAUCCCAUCCCUACCUCCUCCCCACCCGCCGUUCCCGUCUAAGGGCACAAUCACCUUGCUUUCCCUCAACUCUCCACCCAUCUCCCCCCUCCUUCCCCUCCUUCCCAUCCCCCCAUCUCCCCACCGCCCCCAGCCACUUCGAGGGCGCAAUCAUAUUCACCUUCCCCCAGCUGGACAACAUAUCCAUGUACCAGGGGCUCGUGGAGCUUCGUCUUCCCUCCUCCCUCUCCCCACCCUCCCCACCCCCUCAGGUCCUAAGGGAAGAGCUUGCUUGGUUGCCUUUCCUCCCCCCGCUCUCUUCCAAGCGCCACCCUCAUCUCGACCCCUCCUCCCUCUCCAUCCUUUUCAAGUUCUUACCUACCAUUCCUCCCCUUCUCUGUCCUCCAAUAUCCCACUCUCAGGUCCUGAGAGAAGAGCUCGCCUGGUUGCCGCUCCUCCCGCCCCUCUCCUCCAAGCGCCACCCUGACCUCGACCCCUCCUCCCUCUCGCCGCGCUCGGCGCAGCGGCAGCGGCACCGGCAGCGGAGGAGGCGGCGCAGACUGGUGGGUAAGGAGGUGUGCGGCAUGUGGGCGAGGGAUUGGGAGCGGCACUCGAGCUGGCUGCUGCAGCAGCCUGACUCGCGAGCUGCUGCUUUCAUGGCCCAGGGCAUGGUUCUUCUGGGGCUGUGCCUGGAGCCAUCAAGCAAGCACCAAGUGGCUGCAGAAGUACCAGGCGUGCUGGUCCCCUCUUCUGACUCUGAUUCUUCCAACGAGGCCGAGAGGCGGUUAGAGGGGUCGAGAGCGGUGGAGAUGGGCGAGAUGGAGGAGGUGGAGAGGGAGGCGAGGGAGAGGGAGGAGGCGCGGAGGCGGCUGGAGAAGGAACUGAGGGGGCUCAAGGUCAUGGAGAGGGAACUGAAGGCGCUGAACCAGGACUUUCUGUCUGUAGACGAGAUAGUGGAGAGGCUGAUGAGGGUGGUGGAAGCAGAGAGUGCUGGGCUUAGGGGAGAUGCUCCCUCUCACUCACACGCUCACUCCCACCCACACUCGCGUGCACACUCACACUCUCAUGCGCACACACACUCGCACUCACACUCACGUUCGGCUGCUGGGAAGGCAGUUGUGCUUGCGAGGGGUGGAGCGGACACAGCAGCAGCAAGAGAAGGGGCAGGGGAAGGAGCAGGGGAGAUGGUCGAGGGAGAGAGGUCAAAGGGAGAGGGAGAAGCAGGAGAGGGAGGAAGAGGGGGUGGAGAUGAAGGGAUUGGGGCAAGGUCGGGAGGAGGAGAUACAUCUGGGCCUACAGCAGCAGAGAAACACGCAGCACACUUGGUAGCAGCAGGGGCAGGUGGAGGCAAAGGGAAGGCAGCAGGGGCGGGGACGAGUGAGCGACUGGCGUUGGUGCGAGUGGAAUGGGAGAGGCUGGUGCGGGUGAGGGAGGAAAUUCGCGCUCUGGAGAGACGGCUGAAGAUGAAAGCAGCUGUUCAGGAAGAGAGGGUGCGACGGCAGCAGGAGGAGGUGGGGGAGAAGGUGAGCCGGCAGAGGAGGCAGGCAGCAGCACGUGAGAUGGAGGAGCGGAUGGAGCAGCAGCAGCAGCAGCAGCAGCAGCAGCAGCAGCAGCAGCAGCAGCAGCAGCAGCAGCAGCAGCAGCAGCAGCAGCAGCAGCAGCACAGCAGCACCACCACGGACACCACAGCCACUAUCGCCUCUAUAGUUGCACUGCCGCUCCCGUCGCCACUGAUACUGCCCCUGCCGCCCCUGCCGCCCGCACCGGCCGCAGUUUUUUUCUUCCAGCUGCCCGGGCAGGCUGCCCGGGAAGAUUCGUCGCUUCUUUCCAGAAUUGAGGGAGAGGAGGUGGAUGGGGAGGAGGAGAGGGGGGACGGUAGCAGAAGUAGGGGAGGGAGCACAGAGCCGAGAGGAGUAGCGGGGAGAAGGGGGGAGAUGGAAGAGAUGGAGAGGGAUAUGAGUGUGUCAGUGGGAGGUGGUGGUGCUGACAGGGCAGGUGAUGGAAAGGAAGCCAGGGGAGGUGUGGGAGUAUGGGGAGGAGCAGCAAUCCUGGCUGCUGGAGCAACAGGAGGAGCAAGAGGAUGGGGAGGAGAUGCGCAGGGGAGGCGAAUGGAGGAGUAUAAUGAUGAUGACUUCUCUCCCUUCCAGUCAUGCACGCCCACAUCAGCGCCAGCAACGGCUGCUGCUGGUGGCGGUGGUGGUGCUAGUGCUGCUGCCGCAAAGGGAGGACCGGGAGGCCGGGGAGAGGAGGAGAGGAGGAGUGAAGCAGAGAGUGCCAACAGCUCGUGGGCGUUCAGAGAGGAGUUCUUUGACGGGAGUGCAUGGACAGGUGCGGCAGACGCAGAUGCAGGGGCGGGGUAUGGGUAUGGGGCUGGGGCUGGGGAUGGGAGGCAUGCGGCAGCGAGCAUGGGAGGGCUGGGAGCAGAGGCGAGUAGGCUGCAGCAGCUGAAGGUGCAGCUGAGGGAGCUCGAGGCACGGCUGCUGCAGCGAGGUGCUGACGUCGGUGCCGGUGCUGGUGCUGGUGCUGGUAGGGAGGGGGGAACUGGUGCUGGUGCUGGUCGGGAUGGCAAGGUGGGAAGGGAAGGAAAUGUGGGUGGCAGUGGUCCUGCUGCUCCUGGUGCUGCGGGUGCUGCUGCUGCUGCUGGCACGUCAGCAGCAGCAUCUCCCUCCAUGGAGCGUGAGGCGCCCACGCAAACGUCCCCUCCCAAGGCACCGUCCAUCUUCCACCGCCUCUUUCACUCCUCCUCCUGGACCCUCCCCUCCUCCGCCUCCUCCUCCGCUGCUGCUGCUGGGGAUGGUUCUGCUGCUGCUGCUGCUGCUGCUGCUGCUGGUGUUGCUCCCGCUGGUGCUGCUGGUGGUUCUACUGCUGCUGCCGCUCCUGGUGACACAUGGAGUGUGGGAGGGGGGAGGGGAGGGCCGGACGGCAGCAGCAGUGGGGGCCUGGACGAGUGGGAGGGGAGUGAUGUGACGAGCCGGGCGGGGGAGGGGGAGAGGCAGGAGAAGAGCGUGAUUGACCAGUCUCUGGAGCACAUUCGAGAAGGCGGUGCGGACGCAUGGAGAGGCACGCAGCUGCUGAGCACAGACGUGGCAGUGGCAAUGAAGAUGCUGCAGCGGGCAGCACUCGGGCAGCCCCUGACUGACCGGGAGGCCAAAGUUUUGAAGCGCACGCUGACUGACGUGGCAUCGGUGAUCCCCAUCGGCGUCCUCAUGCUCAUCCCGAUGACGCCUGUGGGGCACGCAGCAGUCCUAGCAGCCAUUCAGAGAUACGCCCCGCACCUUUUUCCCAGCUCAUACAACGAGGAUCGCCUCGAUGCAGCCCGCCGCCUGGAGCAG